AUGGCCAGGGGAGCCAGCAACAGCAGCACCACACCACACGGGGAGGCGGGGGGAGGCAUUGACAGCUCCAAGGCACUGCGCAUGCGCCCUGCUCCGAGGAGCAGCGUCAGGGAGCUGGGAGAAGCCGGGGAGCGAGCAUGGGGGACCGCGCAAGCGCAGGCCCGCGAGGCGGCUGUUGAGAGGAAAGGGCUCGCGCCACCGGCUGGAGCGGCCUCGCUUUGCACGUUCCAGCUGUCGCUGCCUCCUGGGAAAGGUGGGCCAAGUGGCCACGUGCUGCACGGUCUCUUCCAGGAUGAUGUGAGGCAGAAAGUUCACCUCAGCACCUUUGGCGUCUUCAAGAAUGGGUUCAUGAUGGUCAAUGUCAGCAACCUUUCACUGAAGGGACCAUGGAGCCUUGAUGGCAAGAGCAACUCGGCAAAAUAUGACAUUGACAUCUAUUUACUGGAGAAGCAGCUGAAGGACCUUCUGCUGUUCAUCACCAUCAUACUGAUUGGCACUGGCUCGGCUUUCAUUAAACACCUUUCAGAUAAAGACAAAAAGGUCUUUAUGGUUGUCAUCCCGCUACAGGUCCUGGCAAAUGUGGCAUACAUCAUCCUAGAGUCAACAGAAGAGGCAACAACUGCCCAUGGGCUGUGGAAAUGAAUUCUAUUCCUGGUAGACCUACUGUGUUGUGAAGCCAUCCUAUUUCCAGUAGUAUGGUCACUAAAGCACCAGGAGGCCACACAUUCAUUUGGUGGUGCUGCUAUUAUCCUAGCAAAGCUGAAGCUGUUCAGACAUUACUACAAAAAUAAAAUAUGUAUAUCUAUUGUUUGUUACAUUUACUUCACACGGGUCAUUCCAAUUGUCAUCAGGUUUGCUGUUCCGUUCCAGUGGAAUUGUCUCUACCAGCUGUUGGAUGAAAUGGCAACGUUUAUGUUCUUUGUUUUUACAGGGUACAAGUUCUGUUUGGCAUCAGGUAACCUGGACCUACAUCUCUCUUAGGACGAUGAAGAUGACUUGAAGGUGGAAGCUAUGUAA